AUGGACCUCGCAAUGUCAAACUCGACUGGGCCAGCAGCCAACACCGCCAUCCUGAACACGCUCAUUAAUGGCAACCACAAAACAGCGAAAUCAAUCUACUCUGAUUCGCCCGCUGUUUCUUCGAGGAAAGGACAGCGAAGUGAAUUUGGUGAUCUCGCCACAGAGAAACCGAUUGACAAGGCAGCUGCCGAACGCCGCUUCAGACUUGAGUAUGUCGAUGUCCAACAGCUUCCGCCAGCCCUCGCUGCCAAACAACCAGCGCCCAGCAAAACUCGAAAAAUCAAGGCGCAGCCCAACGCGAAAAAUGCACUCGUUCGCCAGCAACCCGUCCAGAAGCUCCUCGAGGGUCCCAACAGCCCCGUCGCUGCUGCCAAAGAUGGACAAAUGAUUAUGAUCGAAGACAGUUCCCAGAGGCCGCCGUCCGAAUCAACAAGCCUGGCCCAGGCAGGCACUGCCACACCACACGGCUCUAGGCCCGAGUGGCACCCCCCUUGGAAGCUGAUGAGAGUCAUUUCGGGUCAUCUGGGGUGGGUACGAAGCUUGGCCGUCGAGCCUGGAAACAAGUGGUUCGCAAGCGGUGCUGGAGACAGGACCAUCAAGAUAUGGGACCUCGCGACAGGCUCUCUACGCCUUACCUUGACUGGGCAUAUAUCGACAGUUCGUGGCCUUGCCAUCAGUCCGCGCCACCCCUAUCUGUUCUCUUGCGGCGAGGACAAGAUGGUCAAGUGUUGGGAUCUCGAGACGAACAAGGUCAUCCGCCAUUACCAUGGGCACCUUAGCGGUGUUUACACACUCGCACUCCAUCCAACACUCGACGUACUGGUCACUGGUGGUCGAGAUGGUGUUGCCAGAGUGUGGGACAUGCGAACGAGAAGCAACAUCCACGUCUUGUCAGGCCACACCGGGACCGUAUCAGACGUCAAAUGCCAGGAAGCCGAUCCUCAGGUCAUCACUGGCUCAUUGGACGCAACAGUGAGACUGUGGGACUUGGCUGCCGGAAAGACAAUGGGCGUAUUGACGCAUCACAAGAAGGGGGUCAGGGCACUAACGACGCAUCCCCAAGAGUUCACCUUUGCGUCGGGUAGCACCGGCAGCAUCAAGCAGUGGAAAUGCCCUGAGGGAGCCUUCAUGCAAAACUUCGACGGCCACAACUCCAUCAUUAACACACUGAGUGUCAAUCAGGAAAAUGUGCUCUUCUCGGGCGGCGACAACGGCUCGAUGAGCUUCUGGGACUGGAAAACAGGCUACCGCUUUCAAGCACUUGAUACUACGGCACAGCCAGGAUCCUUGGACGCCGAGGCAGGCAUUAUGAGUUCGACUUUUGACCGCUCUGGGUUGCGUCUGAUAUGCGGAGAGGCUGAUAAGACCAUCAAAAUAUGGAAGCAGGAUGAGAAAGCAACACCGGAAUCGCACCCGGUUGUCUGGCAGCCAACACUUGCGCGACGCAAAUACUAG